AUGGUGCUCUCGUUGAUUACGCUGGCGGCUACAGUGCCUCUGCUCGCCACCUCGACCAUUCAGCUUCAGGAGCAGAGUCAGCGGAAACAGGAAGAGGGCGAGCUCGAGCUCAAGACAGAGAAAUGCCACCUCAAUGGGCGAGCGACAAACCGAAUGAGCGCCAAGCGUCGAGAACAGUUUCAGGACAUGAGAGUGGUGCUGGAUGAUGGAAAUGUUUUGCUGGAGCCUAGGGGGGCAUCGCGGAAACAUCCCUUCACUGGCUAUCUUCUACCAUACCCGGACAAAUCCUACGACGGCAUCGUCAGCACCAUCAAUGCCGAAAACAUGCUCAACUGGAUCUUCAUCAACAAGGACACCUACCGACUGCAGUACGGCAUCCGGGCUGAGGCCCAACCGCAAUGGACUGGCCCGAUGACUUUGGUGUCCGGCCAGGCAUUGAACGAGUGGAGGAUAGCAUUUGAUGGCUGGGAAGGAUUCGUGGCGGUCCAGGAGGACGAAGAAAGGUGGGCCAUCUAUUUCGACAAGAGUGACAAUGGAUUGGCGGGGAAAAUUGAGGGCAAGGCGGUGGUCGAAAUCGAAUUGGUCCGAGCACCCCUGGAGGAAGAAACACGGAGUGAUGAAGAGCCCGAUUGA